AUGGAAUUUUAAGAAAUAUUGGAUGGUUUUCAACUGAUAUGCAAUGAAUUAUAGGGUACUUAGAAUUACAAAAACGUAAUGGAAUUGUAUAACAGAUCUGCCAAUUUGUAGGAUCUAUUUGAAAAUGGGUUGAUAAUAGAGGGUACACAAUAUGAUUUUGAUUUGUCCGGUCACAUAGAUGCAACUAAAUUAAACUUAGACAAAUUUGUUUAGAAUGUUUUGGAUUCAGAUGCUGUAGUCUAAGGACAUAGAAAAAUAACGAGUGCUUUUGCUACUUUGAAAAAAAGAUUGGCUUAACAAGAAGAGUAACAAAAAGCAGUUCUAAUGACGAAUUCUUAGGUUAUUGCACCCAAUCCAAUUUAAUAAUAAACACGCAAUAAAGCUAAGUUAUUUGACACAUAGUUAAGUAGUGAAAAUCUUGAUGAUGAAUUGCAAGAGGAAAUAUUCAAUAUUACAAAGAGAAUGAAAGGAAUGGCUGUGAAUAUUUCAGAACAAUUAAAAUUUGACAACAAAGUUAUCGAUAAAAUACUCCAUAAACAAGAUGCAAAUAAAACCAAAUUGAAUUUAGAAGAAAAUAAAUUAACCAAUUUUAUGAAAUCAAAAAGUUUAAGCUGUUCCACACUAUUUUUGAUGCUUACUACUUCCAUUUUUUCCUUUAUAUUUGCCAUCAUCUUCAUUAGAAUAUCAUGA